UGUGAUUUUGUGUCCCAGGCAACGAUGCUGCAGCCGAUCUUUGUUCUCUCCUCUCUGAUCUCAAUCACAGUGUCCUGUGAUAAGUUCAGAUUGGUUGGCGGGUCUCUUCAACUGGACACACAGAAUCCAGUGCCAGACUUUGAUGACUUGUUCUGGGUGUUUAACAGAACUAAUAAUGUUCUAAAAUAUAGUUGGAAACAUAAAGAGGUGACAUUCUAUUCCCAUUACGAAGGCAGAGCGGAGUUCAAUGAGGAAACCUAUAGUCUGACGCUGAAGAACUUACAGAAGACUGAUAGCGGACUGUAUGAAGCACAAGCAUCUGGUGACAAUGUCACAGGUGUUGCUGAGUACAGACUCUCUGUGUCGGAUCCAGUGGAGGCUCCAGUCCUGACUUACCAGCUAAACAGAGACACCUAUAUCAUCACUCUAACCUGUAGGGGUCAUGACAUCUCUAUCCACUCCAGCUGUUCCAUAGAAACCUGUGAGGAGAAGGAAGUGACAUCACCUGGAGGCAUUGCUCUUUCCCUGUCUGUCAAGAGCAGCACCGUCAUCUGUAACCAUAGCAACCUAGUCAGCUGGAAGACGGAUAUUUUGGAGUUGAAAGAACUGAAAGGACUCUGUGCUGAUAAAGGUGUAACAGGGUACAUCGUGGGUGGCGUAGUGGGUGUCAUUGUCAUCAUUCUUAUUGUUGUCGUCAUCACAAUGCGGAAAAGCUGUGGAACGAACUGAGAAACGGGUGCCGGAGGAACCAAGUGUCCCAUCCAGAACCAAGAUCAGGAGCUUCAACGCCUUUCGUGCCAGAGUGAGGGAAGCUGAGUUUGGUUUUUUUCCUGGACUGCAGCUGGGGCCAGAGAUUUACAUUUUUAUGGGUACCCAUAGCUAGAGUACUUUUGCGCACUAAAUCUUUUUUGGAGACUAUUUAUUUAUUUAUUUAUUUAUUUUACUCUGACUAAAUGGGCACG